CUAGGGAGCGUAAAGACGCUGCUGUCUGUUGACCCACGAGACGAUUAUCCUUCAACAGCCAAUGUUUCCGAAUAGGUUCUAGAUAUUUAGACACGGUACCGUCUGACUCGCCGUCAUUGUAAUACGCUCAUCAGUCACCGACUGACUCAUCGCUGCAGAAAGUAUUUUGUCACCAUCCUUUUUGCAGGAAGUCGUAAGUGAAGUAAAAUCUUUUAGCUCGCGUGUACUUUUUAGUGUUCAUGGCUAUGGAGGAAAUGUCCAAAACGUUACGGUGUUUUCGUGAAAACCAUACAUUGGAAUCGUUUAAAGACGACAACGUGAAGACGGUAACAUCAAUUCAGCAGGUAGCUCAUCUGCUAGAUAGCCGGGUAGGAUUAUGCACUAAACUCGUGUGUUGUUUGACUAGGUUGCCAAGAUUGCUAUUUAGAGUUAACUUGGAGCUAAGGUUCAUACUUCAUCGAUUGCCUAGCGCUGAUAUAACAUUUGAUUUGACUAGAUAAUAAAAUUUCGUGCGAAAGCUAAAUCGCUCGUUUUAAUCAAGUUACUGGUUAUAAAUAAAAGUUACUGCUAGCUAACCGUCCUGUUAGGCAAAACUGAGUGCAUUGACGUAAUUACUGUAUGUAGAGUUCAGCCAGCGAUUAGCCAUUGCACUAAUUCCCAAGACAGCAAGAUGGGCUUUCAAGCUAGUUGUCCAGUUAGCUACUUAACCUGUCACCCGAAGAACCACCGCAGACUACUACCAGCCAACGACGUGUAUGCUUAUUAUGUUUAACUGAAUUGCUUUAAUUGGGAAGGAUGACGGGCUCCAGCUACUGGAACAGUGGUAAAUUUUGUGAUAGUUUGCACUUUCUAGAACAUUGAAGAAUGUGAUAAAUUACUAUGCAAUUAUGCUGAACCCAGAGAAUACGUUAUCUAGAAAAGUAAUGCAUGUAUGGAUUGUAUUUGCAUAUGUCUCAAACCGCUUUGUAGAGAAGGGAUGGGUGACUCGCUUCAACUACCACGAGACCCAAGCAAAAAUCAAUAUUCAACACACUCAAAUAAUCAUAUAUGAGAAUUAGAUUAUUUAAUCAAAACUUUCCAAAGUUAUUUUGAUAUGUUAUUAAUUUAUUAUGUUUGUAAAUUCAGUUCAUUAAUUUGGACCAUUUGGACCAGAGCUACACUUGUACCAUUUUCACUUAUUUGAAAUUGAAACUGCAUUUAUUUAAAGCAGCGACAAACAAUGGUAAAGAUCAAGUGUUGCAAUGUUUUCAUCAUUGCAAACAGAGGAAACUAUAUGAUCAUGUAUAUGUGAGAGAUAUACUUUAGAUAAAAAGGUGACAUGUUCCUUAUUUAAAAUACACAUGCAGUGGGUCAUGGGUUGCAUGACCCAUCCUGUAUGUUCACACAUUUGGUGGUUCUUCUGCCACUCCAAGAUCUAAAGAUCUAAAGCUGUGCACACUGUACAGUGUAUGACAUUGUGUAUGACCACGGUACACUGCAGUGAAUGUUUUGUCAGUGGUAUGAAGGGAUCAUUUUCACAUAUUUCCGCCUUGCGCCCUUUCCCCGUUAGAAUCAAGACACGUUUAGGGAUUACAUACCCAGAGAAAAAAGUUGAAGGAACUAUUCAAGACAUAAUCAAUGCUUACCAGCAAAACAACAUUUUACCACAGCCUACAUUGCUCAGGGAGCAGCACUGCGUUUAUUUGAAGAAAGGCUUAAAAAAUAUUUCUGGUGCUUAUGAGUGUCUUGAUGCCAGCCGCCCCUGGCUCUGCUAUUGGAUCCUACACAGCCUGGAGCUGCUGGACGAGCCUGUGUCCGCCUCCAUAUGCUCAGAUAUCUGCAAGUUUCUAGCCAGGUGUCAGAGCCCAACGGGAGGGUUUGCCGGAGGUCCGGGUCAGCAAGCCCACCUGGCACCCACAUAUGCUGCUGUCAGUGCUCUCUGCAUCAUCGGCACACAGGAGGCAUACAACGUCAUUGACAGAGAGAAACUUCUUGACUUCCUGUUCUCUGUGAAGCAGUCAGACGGCUCCUUUGUGAUGCACGUAGGCGGGGAGGUGGACAUCAGGAGUGCGUACUGUGCUGUGUCUGUGGCGUCUCUGACCAACAUCAUCACGCCCAAGCUGUUCGAUCGAACCCCCAACUGGAUUGUCAGCUGUCAGAACUGGGAGGGGGGUCUGGGGGGAGUGCCGGGGCUGGAGGCCCACGGGGGAUACACCUUCUGUGGGACGGCAGCCAUGGUCAUCCUCAGGAAGGAGCACAUGCUGAACCUCAAAUCCUUGUUACGCUGGGUGGCCUACAGGCAGAUGAGGUUUGAAGGUGGGUUCCAGGGGCGCUGCAAUAAGUUGGUGGAUGGGUGCUACUCCUUCUGGCAGGCUGGACUGCUCCCACUACUGCACCUCGCACUCUUCAGAGAAGUACCCAUCUGGACCCUCAGAGGUACUGUCGUUUCAGGGGACCGCACUCUUAGCACAAGCAGCUGGAUGUUUGAGCAGCAGGCCCUGCAAGAAUACAUACUGCUGUGCUGCCAGAACCCCGACGGGGGCCUACUGGAUAAACCUGGCAAAUCGAGAGACUUCUAUCAUACCUGUUACUGCCUGAGCGGGCUUUCCAUAGCGCAGCACUUUAAAAACGGGGAUGUCCACCAUGAACUCAUCCUUGGCAAAGAAGAGAACAGACUGGCACCUACAAACCCAGUCUACAACAUCUGCCCGGAGAAAAUAACUCAAGCGCUUGUACACUUCAAUCAGUUGCCAGUCCCACUGCAAAGCGAAGUAGCCACCAGUGUGUCAUAGAUUUUGAAGGAAAGGCGUUGUUCUCCAUUUUCUCCAAACUCUGUGUGUCCCAAUAUUUCGGAUGCAACUCCGGAUGCACUCAAAGACUCUAGAUUCACUGGCACAAGAAGUCCUUCUUUGGCAAAACAGAUUAUGCAAUUAACAGCUUGAGUAACAUCUUACCAAGUAAACUUUUUGAAUCAGUU